UGACACUAAAGGGCGUAAAUUUUUGCAUAAAAUACGCGGGAGUUGUCUAUCCAUAGUUCGUAUUAAUACCAAUGGAAUUGAACAUACAGAUUUAUUACUUGCUAUGUUUAAAUUUAUAUGUGAAGUACGUAACAUGUAAUAAUUUUUUAUGUUCCCAUGAAAUACUACAAAAUUUAAAAUACCGGUUAUUAACAUAAAAUAUCAAUUUUUGCAGUAUUAAAUCAAAUGAAGGCUUUUUAUAUUAGGAUGCCUCAAUUAAUAUAAGGAUUAUUUUAGGUUACUUGAAUUAACAACAUAGUAGCCAUCUAUUUCAACUUUAUAUAUACUUACAUAUAAAUACAUAUAUAUAUAUAUACAUAUAUAUAUAUAUAUAUAUAUUGAUUAAGUGACAGAAUAAUAAAAGGCAUAUAAUUUAUAAUAUAUUGAAUGGCCAUAUUAAUAAAAAAUAUUUGGACUUUGUGCUACAAGCAAUUGUUUUCUUACAACAAUCAUGUUGUUGUUCGACUUUUUAAAAAAAUUUUUUGGGUGGGUAGAUGAAGCACCUAGGAAACGUAGAGCAGUUUCAUUUAGUUUGGAAAAAGAAUUUGUUACUCCAAAAAAACAUCGUUGUGAUUAUAAGACUAUUAACGUGGAGGAAGAACCUAUUGAAAUUAAAGAUGAUAGUGAUGAGGAUGAAGUUCAAGUUAUUACUAAACAUAAAUAUCCUUCCAUUAAGGCUUCUAGUAAAUUAAAUGGUACAUGUAAUAAUAGUAGAGAAAAAUCACUUACUUGUUGUUCUUCAUCUUUUUCAUCAUCAAAAUCUCAACCAUGUUAUGACAAAGUAAAUAUAGGAUGUUCUAAUAAAAGUGGAAGAAUACAAAAUAUUGAAUCACAUCAACAAUGUUCAACAUUGAUUAAAACUCAUCGCUUAAGGGAAAAAAAUCAGUAUGAAGAAUUAUUACAAAAUUUUCUCCCACGUAGGAUACAUGUCAUAUGUGAUAAAAAUGAUGAUAAAAGAUCUACACAAGAACCAAUAGAAGUAAUAGAUUUAGAAAGAUCUAGUUCUUCAACUCCUUUUUCCAAAACUCAGUCAGCUUCUAGAAAACAUGAUAGAAUGUUACAAAUGCAUUGGAAUACUUCAAUUAAAGAAAAAAAAGAUACAGAAAUAAUUAAUUUAGAUAAUGAUGAAAAAGAAGACCUAAUACAUUCCAUUCAUAAUAAAACAUUGUCUCAUAGAAAAAAUGUUAUCGAAAAAGAAAAAUUUUCACAAAAUAAAUAUACUGAAUGUAUAACUACAAAUACAUUAAGAGAUCAAUUAGCAGCAAAAGCUGUAAUGAGAGAAGAUUUUAUUCCACAAGUAGCAAAACGUUAUAAUGAACGUAUUGAACAACGUUAUAAAGAAGCAGAAAAACUUAAAAAAAUGACAUGUGUAUUAUCUAAACAUAAUCGUUUAGCAAGAGAAGCUGCUUUAGAAGAGCAUUUAGCCCGCUCUAUGAGGUUAUGUGAAGCCGUUUUAGAAGAAAAAGAAGAUUUAGAAGAGCCAGAAUUGCCUACUUUAACAGAGGAAAUGCUGCAAGAAAUAAAAAAUGCUCUUAUCUCUAGGCCACCAGAUGAAGUUCUUGUUGAAGGAUUUGGUCUAAGAAUUACAAGAAAAGAUAUUCAUACAUUAGCUGACCUAAAUUGGUUAAAUGACGAAGUAAUAAAUUUUUAUAUGAAUUUACUAAUAGCCAGAAGUACCACUAAUGACAAGUAUCCAAAAGUACAUGCUAUGAAUACAUUUUUUUAUCCAAAAUUAAUCUCAGGUGGACAUUCAUCACUAAAAAGAUGGACUAGAAAAAUUGAUAUUUUUGCACAAGAUCUUAUAGUUGUUCCUAUACAUUUAGGUAUUCAUUGGUGUAUGUCAAUAAUUGACUUUAGAGAUAAGUCUAUUCGUUAUUAUGACAGUAUGGGUGGCAACAAUUCAAAAUGUCUAUCAGCAUUACGACAAUAUUUGGAAGAUGAAAGCUUGGACAAAAAGAAACAAAACUAUGAUACUAGUAACUGGAAGUUAGAGUGUGCCAAAAGUAUCCCACAACAAAUGAAUGGAAGUGAUUGUGGUGUUUUCUCUUGUAUGUUUGCUGAAUAUAUUUGUGCAAACAAAAAAAUCACAUUUACACAGCAGGAUAUGCCAUAUUUUCGAAAUAAGAUGGUUUAUGAAAUAUUAAAGUCCAAGCUUUUAUAAAAUAAAUAUUAUUUAUUUAGAGAAUUAUUGACAAUGAAUAAUUUAAAUAACUUUCAGCAACUUCCAAAAAUUACAAAAUAUUUUAGCAAAGUUUAUUAUUGGAUAGAAUAUUCUGAAAAUAUAAUAUUUAUACUAAAAAGUAUAUUAUUCAUAUUAUUAUCAUAGUAUUAAAAGAAGUUAUACAGUAUGAUUUCUUUUAUAUUGUCAGAAGUAUAAUUUUGUUUAAAAAUGGAAUGUUGUUAAUUUUUUGCAAUGUAAAAAAGAACAGUACUUUGUAAACAAAAGUUUAAAAAAUGUCAUAAUAAAUAGUAUUUCUUCAUAAUAAUAAUAUCAUAUCUAUUUUAAUAACAAAAUUCAUUUCAUUAUAAUAUUUGCCUAUUGCACAUUCUUUAUAAAAAAUGAAAAAUGUAAUGUAUUAUAACACUUUAUUUCGAAUAAAUGUAAAAUUUUUAAAAUUACUUAUGUAUGAAUAUUUUAUGUUUAAAACUGUUUAUGUAAUAAAAAAUAUGUUUUCUAA